AUUACCUACAACAUAAUUUAAUUUAUCUCGUUUCAUUUCCUACCUACGAAUAUACAUAACGUGCCGUCGGUCGUUAAAACCAUCAUAUCGCAUUUUAUUUUACGUAAAAAUAUUUUCUCAUUCGGUAAUUAGGACUUCGAAUUCUUCGCUAAUUAUUCUUCCCUGGGUAAGUACGUGCGUUGUAUUCGUUAAAAUUCAUCACAGUGAUAGGAUGUUUAAGCAAUCGUUAUUUUUAAAAUGUAUAAAAUUUGUGUAAUUUUGUUUGUGUUGAUAUUGUCAUUAAAGAAUGUGAGAAAUGCUGAUGAAUUAGCUUCCGUAGAACAACCUGUAGAUGGCGAUGAAGCUUGUGAAAAAGGUGAUCUUCGAUUUUCCACAGAAUCGCUUCCUCUGACUGCGAUUGUAAGCCGUGAGGAAGGAGAAAAUGUAGAAUUACAAUGCCCUGCAUGCGGUUACCCUAGACCAAAGAUCGCAUGGCUAAUAGAGGAUUUACCUUCUGACGAAUGGAGUAGAGCAGACGGUCCUGAAUUAUUUAUAGACAAUGAAUACAAGUUGAAGAUUACAGAAUUAAAUAAAGACGAUGAGGGGAACUACACCUGCGUGUUGUAUAACGAUGCUGGCAGCAUUAGCCACACAUAUUCAGUUUUUUUAAAAAGAAGAAUCUUUCCUGAAGAAUUCAUCUCAGAACGACCACAAAAUGCAACUGUGAUGGUUGGUGAUACUCACAGCUUCAAAUGCUCAGCUUCUGAUCCUACUCUUCAUGUCUAUUGGUAUCCUGAUAUCGAUUUGGAAACGACGAAUAUAAUUGAAUCAAGGGAACAUAAUGCAGUGGAAGUAGAGGGCGAAUUGCAAUUUCCUAGUGUGUCUUUAGAAGAUGAUGGUUUGUAUUCUUGCCUAGUAACGGAUGAGAAUGAUAAUACUGCGAUAGCGAGCGCUUAUUUAAAGGUCAUUGAUGCUCCAUGGUAUUCUGAAAAUUGGUUUUAUUGGGUACUCCUAUCAAUAUUGAUAUCAUUUCUGCUGGCUGGGACUGCGUUUAUUCAAAUUAGAAAUGCAAGAAGAAUUACCUUAGAAAUUGAGAUGCCUGAAGCAACAACGUGAUGUGAAACUGAUUUUUAAAAUUUUUCAGAGUUGAAAUAAUUUUUGUGUCAACGAUAGGAGAUCUUUUGAUAUGCAAUCUGCAGGCUGUCUUACGAGUAUAGAUUGGUUCGAAGUGCUAUCGAGUCAUAAACAACUGUUGCAUCCUACUCGCAUAAUUUUUUUAUAAAAAUUGUACGAACUUGUACGUGGUUUAUUUUUAGAAUUGCAGCAAGUGUAAUAUACAUUAUAAAUAUGUAGUAGGUACCUACAUUAAGACCUUGAAUGUUUUUAAAUCAAAGUUCAAAAUCAUAGUUUUAUAAAAAAAAAAUAGCAAAAAUACAACAAAAAAAACAACAUAAAAUUGCCUAAAAUUUGACAAAAUUUAUCUACUUAUUAAAUAAUUUUUUAAAAAUGCUUAAAAAUCACGAAAAUUUCGAAAAUAAACCAAAAAAAACUUUAACAAAAUAGGUAUCAUCAAAAUUACGUGACUUUAUACAAAAAAUUUCCUAAAAUUCUUGAAAACAUCAGCUAGGCUAAAUCACCCAAAAAUGACUGAAAAAGAAGUCACUUUUAAAGUUCAUUCGAUCGAAGUUGGCAAAAAUCACAAAUGAAAACAAUAGCGUGAAAUAAUCAAAAAAUCAGUAAAACUGGUGUAAAAAUUGUUAAAAGUGAUGAAAUAUUUUCGAAUUUUGGUGAAACAGGUUUUGAUGCUAAACGUUCCUGAAAUUUCACAUUAUUUUCACGAGUUUUUAUGUCACUUUUUUUCUUCGUUUCUGAAAAGCUUUUACGAUAUUAUUUUCUAUCAACUUUUACUCCAUUUUUAACAUAGGUAUUAUUUGUGAAAGCUCACUUUUCAUACAUUUUUUAAAAUUUUCGUAUCAAGUACCUAUUUUAUGUUUUAUUUUUUUUUUAGCAUUUUUACGAAAAUUUUACUACUGGUGUUUUGAUGAUUUCACGCAAAUUUACGUUCAUCAAUUUUCUGGACCAUUUUAUAAAUAAUGUUGACAUUAUUGUGAACAAUUUCCGUAAUAUGAAUUUUUCAUUCAAAAAUUACCAUCAAAAAUUCAAGAUGAUUCGUUCGCGAACGAUUUGAUCAGAGCCGAAAUGUCGAUCGUGAAUGGAAGAAUUACCAAUAAAUCAGACCAAAUAAAUCUAUUAACAAGAAUUUGAGUUGAUUCGUUUGUGAACGACUUGAACGAUUUACACAGAAACAAUAAAUCAUUCAAGAACGUCUGAAUCACUUAGAAAUCAAUCACAUACUAAAUACACGACAAAGUAAAACUAAAAUUAACGAAUAAAAAUUGCACAAUAACUCGUUCGCGAACGAUUUGCUCAAAGCAGGAAAAAAGUUCGCGAACGAGUGAAUCACUGAAAAAAAUCAAAAUUAGGUAUUGAUCAAAUGACGAAACUUGAAAAUUUUUAAUUUUUAAUCCUGGCGUUGAAAAUUAAACUCAAUUCGUUCGCGAACGAUUUGCUCGAAAAAAACGAAUCAUUCAAGAAUGACCAAGUUGAAAAUCAACUCAGAUAAUACGCAGUAAGACAAAACGAAACAUUCUUCAAUAUAUCAAUAAUAAUAGGGAAUAAUUCGUUCGCGAAUGAUUUGCUCGAAGUGGAAAACUCGUUCGCGAACGAAUGAAUCAUUGAAAAAAUCAAAAUUAGGUAUUGAUGAUGUGAGACGAAACUUGAAAAUUUUAAUCCUCUCGUUGAAUAUUAAACUCAAUUCGUUCGCGAACGAUUUGCUCAGAAAAAACGAAUCAUUCAAGAACGACCAAGUUGAAAAUCAAAUCAGAUAAUAUGCAGUAAGACAAAACGAAACAUUCUUCAAUAUAUCAAUAAUAAUAGGGAAUAAUUCGUUCGCGAAUGAUUUGCUCGAAGUGGAAAACUCGUUCGCGAACGAAUGAAUCAUUGAAAAAAUCAAAAUUAGGUAUUGAUGAUGUGAGACGAAACUUGAAAAUUUUAAUCCUCUCGUUGAAUAUUAAACUUAAUUCGUUUGCGAACGAUUUGCUCAGAAUUGAAAAAUCAUUCGAGAACGACUGAGUCGAAAAUUAAAUCAGAUAAUACGCAAUAAGACGAAACGAGACAUUCUUCAAUAUAUCAACAAUAAUUGCGAAUAAUUCGUUCGCGAACGAUUUGCUCGAAGUGGAAAACUCGUUCACGAACGAAUGAAUCACUGAAAAAAACCAAAAUUAGUUAUUGAUAUGAGACGAAAAUUGGAAAUUUUAAUCCUGUCGUUGAAAAAUUAAACUCAAUUCGUUCGCGAACGAUUCGCUCAGAAUCGAAAAAUCAUUUGAGAACGACUGACGAUCACGUAAACUAGGCCACUACUGAAUCAAAUUCAAUGAAAGAGAAAGAGGCAAACUUUUUUUCAAAUACGUCAAUGAGAAUAAUUGAAGCUAUUCGUUCGUGAAUCGUAAUUGAAAAUAAUUACUUGUGCCAACUUCGACAAAUAAUUUAUUAAUGAUGGUUUGAUUAUUUUUUUCAAUGAUUAGAGUUUCUGAAAAAUUGAAAUCUAAACAAAGAAAGUAAAGGCAGAGCGAAGUUCAACAUUCAUAAUGAUUGUACACCUACUUCAUUUUUUUAUUGAAGUGGAAAGGGGGAUUAAGAUGCGACAAUGGUGAUGAAUAAAUCUGAUUAUUCUACGAAAAAAAAAGUGAAGUAAUUGAGAAAUGAUAGGUACUAUUCGGAGUAGUUAUCAGGGGAAGAAUUCAUCAUUAAAAAGAUAUGUACAUUUCGAUUACUUUCACAUUAAAUUUAGAGUUACGUCACGAGCAAAUUUGAUUAUUUUUAUGAUACGAAGCAACUGAAUUGAUUGAUUACCUAUAAAGAAACAUCGAAAACAGGUAAGUACAUACCUAAUUAUAAUUUAUUAUCAAAUAUUACACGAACUUCUCUAAACAUUUACAUCUUUUAGCCACGCCAAAACAUUUGAUAAGAGUUGUUAAGUUGAAUAAUAUACCUAAUGACUUCUUGAUAAUUUACGUACUCACUCGUAAAAUACCCAUGUGUAAGCUAUAUGCAAUUAAUCUUCUCCAAUUAUUGACUCAAUUCACGGUCAAAAAUCCACUUAUAUUAUGCAAUCAUGCACAUUUGCAGUUUUGCACAAAUGUGUGCGCGUAUUGAAAUUUACCAAAGGUUAAUUGCUAUUGCUCUAGCUGAUUGCAGGUAAAAAAAAAUUUAUCAUAAUUUUAGAACUCUGCAUGGUGUAAAGAUUUACUCGAGAAAUGAAUGAAAUUCGCGCAAUUUUGUUGACAUUAUUUACGUUGCUGAGGAGCAUAGCAAAUGAAG